AUGGCGUGCGUGCAGUUACAGUCAACAGUUAACGUGUCUAAAAGGAACGCUUCUAACAGUUUUGAAGAGCUGAAUCUGUUAUAUCCAAAAGGACGUGAAGAUGAUAUCAAAAAGAAAAAAAGAAAAGGACCUAUUGGCUCUCAUAUGUUUUAUUCCGAGUUCUAUAAAAACCUGAAAACAACUCAUGAUCAAGACGAUGAGAUCUAUUCUGAUAGCGAUGAAAGUGAAUGCGAAAAUGAGUUAUUAUUUCUUUUGUUAAGAGACUAA